AUGCGGGAGAGAACCGUCCGCAGCAGCUGCGUGGUAGCGAAGCCCAUCAGCGCCAGCGGCGUCCGUUGCGUGGCUUUGGGCAGGGCGGCGAGGAACUCCCGGGCGGUCGCCGACGUCGAGUUCGCGUCGUCCCAGUGCGGCAGUCUCGUCGCAAACACAACGCGGUCGGCGCCACCUGCACCGCCACCGAACGCGGCAACGAAGUCGGCGUGCAGCAGCGCAAACUCGGAGAACGCGACAAACACGCGCACGCCGUCGUGCGACGCCACGUGCCGCGCCACCGCAGCGAUGUCGCCGGCCGCAAGGCCCGCCACGAACACGUCGCCCGCCUCCGGCAGGUGCCCCGCCAGCGCGUCGCCGCCGGCCAGCAGCGUCGCGGACCGCAGCGACCCGCCAAACGUCACCAGCGACCGCCGCAGCACCUCCGCCACCGCCGCCGCCUCCUCGCCGCGGAUCACCGCGUGCGCCGCGCGGAAACCCGCGUCUCGGAGGUACUCCGCCAGCACGAAGAACUGCUGCUCCAGCGUCGGCGACACGUGGAUCACGUGCCGGCGGAACCUGUUCAGCCGCGGCUCGAGCUGCAGCGGGUCGAUGAAGGCCACACCCUCCACGCCCAGCACCGCCUCCGUCACAACACCCACAACCCCAUGA